AUGUUUAGCCUCUACGUCAACGGCUUUGCUUUCUCAACCCUUGACGGGCGGGAGGCAUCGGUUUCUUUGUCGCCAUUUUCACUGAUCCGGAACUGCCGGUUUCAGUCUGGCGAGUGCUCGAGACUGAAGAGUUUCAAGGUGUCCUUGCAAGAGCCAGAUCCCUGCUGUUACUUCGCCGUGCGAAGCACGGAAGAGCGAGAGGCAGAGGAGGAGCGCUCUGAAUGGGUCUUGGGCUUGUCGCACACCAUCCUGCUCAUAAUUGAUUCGCUACUGCCCGUGGCGGAGUUGAGCUGCGAUGCCAUCGCGGGGUCUCCGCAAACACAGCGGCGACUUCUAGCAGGCUACCUGAUCCACAGGGACGACGCGGAAACCGUUUCGGUGGUGUACUGCGAGCUCCAAGCUCCCAUUGGACCGCGUGCGAGCCUCGUGAUGUACGAGAACGAGCUUUGCAAAGGCUCAAUCAUGGAAAUCGCGAUUUUCGAGACUUCAGUUUGCUGCGAUGUGGUGGGUAUCAACUGCAGCUGCUUCGUGGUGGAGGGUCACCAUUUCGCAUGCCAGAGCUCCUCUGAGCGGAAGUUGUGGCUCCGAGCGCUGAGCAACCUCAAGGUCAAACUUCAGAACAAGGCGCCAGAGCCUUCUGCAGAGGAGUUGCUGCACUUCCGAUCUGCUAUCCGUGAGAACAUUGUGACCUUGGAGGCCACUCAGGAGUCCAGGAUCUCAAGGAGCCCGCUCCUGAAAAUCCUGGACAAGCCAUCACGUGCGUUUCACUCCAGGGACAAGCUCCAAGCAAGCUUCAACGGUGAUGAAGACAUGCCAGAGGCCACUGGAGAGGAUGAGCUGUCUCAAAAGAAACCUGGCAACGGUCGGAGUCAACCUGUGAGUCUCUAA